AGUUAUUUCACUCAAUUGUUUUAAACACAUAAACACUAGAGUAUUUUAUACAAAAUAUAUUUAUUGCAAUCAGCUAAAUCCGUAGCCUUACCAUGUCUAGCGACAGUACGCUCUCCUAUGAAGAUGGAUGGAAAAACCUGGGAGCCCAGCCGAGUUUCACCAUGUCCAUCGGUGGUCGCUCACUUGGAGCGCCCAUGCCCAGUCUGGCCACUUCUUUUGCCGAUCAGGCCGCAUGGCAUCGUCACAUUAUCCAUAGCGUCUCUGAUGAUAACAUCUCAACGGACACAAUCGGACCACCCAUGGUCAGCUGGAUCCAUGGCCUUCGAAAGACAUACCCGAGUAUCACACGUUUAAUUCAGAAUAAAAACGAUAAUACAAGUCUAAAGUCAGCAAGGAUUAGCAAGUAUGACAUCAGCGACUACUCUCACAUAAGUCUGAACACGGGCAAGGAAAAGCCCAGCGAAGCCCUGGCCAAAAGAGAACGCAUUCUGGCGCAAAUAAUAGCCAAAUACGACUAUGAGGAUUAUCUGAAUACGUUUGUCAGGCUGGAGGAUAGAAAGUAUUUGACAAGUGAACGGGCCAUGCAGCUGCUGGUGCCGCUUAAAGUGCGCCCAGGGGCGAUUGUGUUGAGCGAGUCCAAGUUUAAGAAGGAACAGGCGAAGGGUCCUCUGGGCACACAUUACUUUUUCAAGAAGCACACAAUCGCCAACGAUCCGCUGGUCAUUGCACUGGCCGAGCGCGAGAAACUCAAUGCCGUUAAAGAGAUUUCGAGCAUUAUAUUUAUCAGCACGCGCAACUCCAAGGGCUUCGGCAUCUCCGGCUAUAUUGACUAUGAGCAGAGUUUGCGUCAGCUCAAGUUGGGCCAUCAUUCGGCACACGAUUGGGUGAAUAUUUUUGCCGGCAAUCAGCGCCUCGAACCCAACGAGGAAGACCUGAGUUUCAUCGCCUGGAAGACGGGCAAAGUGUUCUACAAUAAUUCGGAUAACUACAAAAUAUUACCAGAUGCCAUGAAGGGUUUGUGUUUCCAGCACAAGGGCGAUGGCUGUGUCAUACAUAUCGACAAGCGCAUGACAGAGGAUAAUCCGCAGUGCUGCUAUGUGGAAUCGCCCAAAAAUGGUUCAAUUAUUAUCUAUGAUCAUCGCAUAAGGCGCAAGAAUUAAAAUCAAAAAGCUGCCAUAAAUCAAUCCGAAACAAUAUCAAGAACAUCAUAAUAUUUGGCACACACAAAAGUAGAGCCUCAUCGCCUCUGACAAAGCAAAAUAAUCGAGCAGGCAGCAAUAGAUCAGAGCAGAGCAGAGCAGAGCACAACCAGACCCACACCAGACUAACUGCUGCCGCCUACGUCACCAGCGUCAAGCAGCGUCAAGCAGCGUCAUAAAGAAUCUCAGGGGAGAGCGCAUACAACAAAAAGUCCGCGAGAGAGAGAGAUAGAGAUCUGGAGAGAGAGUCUUGGCCAGACAUUCAUCAGGCAACAUCUACGGAUGGGGCACUGUCGUGUCAGUAGGCGUGCAAAGCGCUCCAAGACUGGAUGCUGCCGUCGCGUUUAAAUAAAUACACAAAAAUAUAUA